AUGGCCGGAGCAGCCGCGGGGGAAGGCACGGGGCCAGAGCCCGGCAGCUCCGAGGAGGAGCUGGAAGCGGGGGAUGCCCCCCAGGCGGGCUACAGGCAGAGUUUGUGGGUCUCCCAAGGCAGAGGAGCAGAUGCCAGCGCGGGGGACACGGACGGGAUGAAGGUGAGGAAGAGGAGCAGGCCAGCGCGCUCCAAGGCCAGGAGGAUGGCUGCCAACGUCAGAGAGCGUAAGAGGAUUCUGGACUACAACCAAGCCUUCAACGCCCUGCGGCUGGCCCUCAAGCACGACCUCGGAGGCAAAAGGCUUUCUAAAAUCGCGACCCUGCGGCGAGCCAUCAACAGGAUCGCGGCUCUGUCGCUGUCCCUGCACGGCGCCGGGCGCUGCGGGCCCUGCGCGCACUCCGAGUGCCGCGCCCGGGCCGCGCUCCCCGCGCAGGAGCCGGGGCUGAGGGGCAGCCGCCCCCCGCCGCCCUGGGAGCCCGGUUCUGCAGGGACACGCUGCCCUCCGUCCCCUCUGUGCGCUGGGUUCUCCCCUCAGAGGCAGCUCCAUCACUACGAGAGUCCGAAGGAGACUUGCCCGGCGCCCUGUUUCUCCAGCGGGAUCCCGCACCCGGCGCUCCGCCAGCAGCGAGAUUUGCGAGGCCGGGAGGGGAGACAGAUGUCGGCUUUCAUAAAACCCACCCAUCCGAUUGCGGUUUUCUUCUGA